UCUCUCUCCAAUAGUCUAUAGUCAUUGGUCGUACAUUCACAGCCAAGCAAAAGAGACUAAAUCCUCUCUGUCUCUCUGUCUCUCCACCAUUUUUGACCUUUUAAACUCGCCGACUCUUCUCCUCUAAACACCCAUUAAAUUCACCUCCAUUUCUAUAAUUUCAUUCUCAACUCCCCGUCGCUUUUCUUGCUUCCUUAAUUUUCUCUCUAUCAAAAAAAAACUCAAUCUUUUUCUUACCAUGUUUUUGGUUCUCUUUUUCGUUACCAUUUCUUUUCUUCUGCUAGUUCUUAGAAUCUUGUACAAAACAUCCGUAAUUCACAUUUUCGUAAAAGGGUUACGAUCCUUAGGGGACAAGUUUCACGCAUACCAGUCCUACAGAAUCCCACAACACAAUGAAAACUACCAAGAAAACCAGCUAUACCACAAGAUUUCAAUUUACCUGAAUUCGUUGCUUGCCACAAUUGACGAUGACUCUGAUUUCACAAAUUUGUUUUCGGGUUCUUCUAAAUCCAAUGACAUCUCUCUCCACUUCGAUGACAACCAAAUCGUCCACGACAAAUUUUUUAGCGCCCGAGUGUCCUGGACAAACGAGGAAUCAGAAAAGGAAGGUUGUACUAGCAGGUCGUUUGUACUAAGAAUACGAAAAAACGACAAGAGAAGAGUUUUACGACAGUACUUACAGCAUAUUCUUUCGGUGGCGGACGAGGUGGAGCAGAAAAAGAAGGAGAUCAAGCUGUACAUGAAUUUGGAACAAGGAAAUAGACGGUGGAGAUCAAUUCCGUUCACUCAUCCAGCUACCUUCGACACGGUGGUGAUGGAUUCUGAUCUGAAAAACAAGUUUAAGUCCGAUCUUGAACAGUUUGUAAAGUCCAAGCAGUACUAUCACAGAUUAGGCCGUGUCUGGAAACGGAGUUAUUUACUUUGCGGUCCGGCUGGUACAGGAAAAACUAGUUUUGUUGCAGCAAUGGCGAGGUUUUUAUGUUAUGAUGUGUAUGAUAUUGAUAUGUCAAAGGUUCUGGACGACUCGGAUUUGAAGACCCUUUUGUUGCAAACGACGUGCAAGUCACUUAUUGUGAUCGAAGAUUUUGAUAAGUUCUUUGAUGGAAAAUCAUCAACGGCGGUUAGCCUCUCCGGGAUGUUGAAUUUCAUGGACGGCAUCGAGUCGUGUUGUGGGGAAGAACGCGUGAUGGUAUUCACGAUGAGCGGUAAGGAAGAGGUUGAUCAAGCGGUGAUGAGGCCAGGGAGGAUUGAUGUUCAUGUGCAAUUCCCAUUGUGUGAUUUUUCUGGUUUUAAGAACAUGGCUAGUAGUUACUUGGGGGUGAAGGAUCACAAGCUAUUUCCACAAUUGGAAGAGAUUUUUCAAAGUGGGGCUAGUUUGAGUCAUGCCGAAAUUGGUGAGAUUAUGAUCUCGAACCGAAAUUCGCCGAGCCGGGCAUUGAAAUCGGUUAUCACAGCUUUGCAGAGCAACGUUGGUGGACAAAGAUUGAGUGAGAGCAGUUCAGGUAGGUCUAGAUCAGAUGAGGCAAGUGAGCCAGCAGCAAGUGUGUUUUGUAGAGAAAGUGUUCAUACAGUGAGGGAGUUUAGGAAAUUGUAUGGACUUUUGAAAAUGGGGAGUAGAAGAAAAGAGUCUGUGGAUUUGAGUUCAGCUGAGAAGGAAGGAUCACAACAUGAAGUUCAAAAUUAAUGUAGGUUUGUUGUUAAUUGUUACAUAUAGAAAAUUUUAAAUUAGAGAAUUGUAAUGUAUUUUGUUGUUUAUAGUAUUUGUUUAAUGAUGUAAGUAGUGUACCUUUAAAACUACUUCACAAUUUUCUUUUA